AUGGAGAUGAGCCGCGCGGCUGCCUGGCGAAUGGACUGCCGCGCCGUCGCCCCCUCCGAGCUGAUAGACUACUGUGCCAUGGUUCAGAACUGGGGGUACGUCAGCCUGCCGUUCGUGUUUAUAUGGGUCGUGGUGCUGAUGUGGCUGCUCAACACUACAGCUGAGGUCUACUUCGUUCCACCGCUUGUGUACUGGUCCUCGCUGCUCAGCUUGCGGCCGGGAAUCGCGGGGGCAACGUUUGUGGCCAUUGGCAACGGUGCGCCGGACAGUGUGAUGAUGUUCCUGGCCCCGUCGGUGCAAGAUGCGCUGGACAUGGUGCUCUGUGGCAUCAUGUGCAUCCUCUGCGUGGCCGGCGGCUGCGUGCUCCUGGCCAGGCUGAGGCUGCGAGUUCGCUCCGAUCGAGCACAGCUGAACGGAAAGGACGAGGUUUGUGAACCCCUGGAUCGCAGUGCUUACCUCAACAACGCGGUGUGGUUGGCCCUGGCGCUGAGCUACAUGCUCUGGCUGCUGUCCAUGCGGCGGGUAACCCUCGGCCGUGCUCUGGUGAUGCCUUUCAUGUACCUUUGCUACCUGGCGUCACUCUUCUUGCUUCCCGACGGCCGGGCUCCUUUCGCAGCCCCGACGGACCUGGGACCGGUGCCCUCCUUGCCCGGCCUGGCGCAGCCCGCAAAGGGCGACCUCGGCCAGCUGCUUCUUUGGGCCUUGGCGUGGCCCACCUACGCCUUGCGGUGGAUGCUCAUCCCACCUUCCGACUACUACUGGGACCGGUCGAGGCGAAUCUUCUCGAGCCUUUCCCCCAUGGCCGUGCUGCUCUUCUGCCUCUGGAGCUAUGAUCUUGGCCUGAGCUGGUGUGUGCGGAGUCCCUUGGCCGUGGCGGUGAGCCUGGCGGCCGUUGCAGCGAGCGCCGGUAUCUUCCUGUCGAGCGACGAUGGUCCGAAGGUACCGGCCGUAUACCCAGCGACGACGCUUCUGGCAAAAGCAUCCUCUGUGCUGUUUCUACUGGCCGUGGCCAAAGAACUCACGAGCUGUUGCAAGACGGUGGCCUUCUUCCUGGGAGUGUCCCGCUUCGUCUUGGAGAGCACCGUGGUGCCCUGGGGCAACUCCUUGGGCGACAUCGUGACUGGCAUCGCGAUGGUCCGACAGGCCCAAUCCCAGGCAGCGGCAACGGCACUUUUUGCUGGGCCACUGUUCAACCUCUUGGUGGGUGCAGGGGUGUCCAUGCUCCUCGUCACCAUGCAAAGGGGAGGACCGGUCAUUAUUGCCGACGAGAGCUAUCCCUCACUGAUGAUGCAGGUCGGCUGCAUUGCCGUAGCCGCCUCAGCCCUGGUGCUGUCCUUUGCUUUCGAGAAGCAGGGUGGUGCUAUUUGGCCCGUGGCCAUGUGGUCCAUCUACCUGGUCUUUAUCAUUGGCGUCGUUAUGGCGGAAGUCGACCUCCGUCUUGCUGGCCACACGUUGGGGUGA